UUCAGUUAGGAGGUGUUAGAUUUUAAAUGGUGUUUUUGGUUUCACGUUUAUUGUGUUCCUCUAUUAUCUCUUUUGAUCAAGUUAUUACCCAAUGACCACCCUUGCUUCAAGAAACCACUUAUUUGCAUUUGAAGAUCCUUUUGUUUCAUUGGCCGGCCGCUUUGUGGGAUCUCCGUUUGUCUCUGCCAUUUAGUUCCCUUUUCAAAUUUUCCUAUCAUCCCAAACAUGAGAUUAUGACCUUAUCUUCAGGUUCUUGUAAAGUUCCUUUCAUUCCCCUAUCUUCAUGUUCCUUUCAUUCUUCAAACAUCCUUCACUUUCCACUUGCGUUCAUAAUUGAGAAUCAGCUUUCAAUCCCCCCCACCUUUUUCCCUUUUUCUUUUCAUCUUUCUGAAUCAUGCAAUAAUAUUUAUAUAGUCAAGUACAGACGUACCAAAUAAAAAGGCCAAAAUAAUUUUCCCAGAUGUAUUUUACCAGAGACUUUGAUGAUCCGAUCCGCUCCUUAAAAAUCUGUUUCACCUAUUUUCCACCCUGUAAUCCUCUCUGCAAAGACGGCUAAAAGCUUUAAAGCCUUUCUUUAAACCCAAUAUUUACAAAAAAGAAGGAUGAACCUGACCUAUUAUCCAUCUCUAGCACCCUUUAUAUUAUAUUGAUACUACGUUUUCUUUCUUUUUAAACUAUUCUUUUUCCGUCUACGUUUCUUCGUUGGAAGCUGUCUCCAUUUCUCCUGCAACUAGUUCUUUCAUAUUGCGUUGAAUUUCUCUAUUUAGUUGAGCCUUCCUAACCAUUUUCACUCAAAAUAUAGAUAAAUUAAUACCCAAAGCCUUUUUGCUUCCAACUCUUAUAUUCCGGAUUAGCCGACCUUUUUAUAUAUAUAAAUAUUAAACGCUUUCUCUAUUUAAUUCACAAUACUAUAAAAUUUUCCCCGGAAAAUCUCCACAUUUAAUAAACUGAUUAAUCCACAAUUGGAUUUAAAAAUCCGCCAACUUGUUUCUGAUCUCCAUUUUAAAAUUUCCCGGCUCAGGCGCUCAAUCAACUAUGAGAACAGAUAUGAGAAAAAACUCCAAGUCUUCGUGGCCUAAAGUAAUCGCUCGAAAAUGGCUGAAUAUACCGAGUGGAGCUGACGAGUUUCAGUCCGAUUACGCCGUAAACGGCGAAACUGGUGACAGAAGAAAGAGUUGCUGUGACCAGGAUUAUCACUCGAUCGUACCGGAAAAUUUCUCAGGCUGGCUGACGGAAACUGCCGGAGGGAUUAAACCGUCGAAAAGUAUGCCGGAGCCACCACCUGUUACCGAUUCACUCAACCUCAGGAUGUUCGUAGGGACAUGGAAUGUGGGAGGAAAGUCGCCUCACGAGGGUUUGAACAUAAGAGAUUGGCUAAGCUCGCCAGCCCCUGCUGAUAUCUACGUUCUUGGGUUCCAGGAAAUUGUUCCUCUAAAUGCUGGCAAUGUGCUUGGAGCUGAGGACAACGGACCAGCUGCCAAAUGGCUUUCCCUUAUUCGUGAAGCUUUGAAUUCCGACCAAAGUGACAAAGAACUUGCUCGAUGUUAUAGCGAUGCCACUGAAGAAAGCAGUCCAUCCUCACUGCAGCUUGAGCAGCAAGCCAGCCUGAAGCCUAGGACCAGCUUUACUGAUUUACUCUCAAUGGAAGAUGAACUUGGCGAAGAGGAUUUCGAAAGAUUGCUAAACUUAAAUUCAAAUUCGAGCGAGGAAGGCUCUCCUAGUCCCACCUACAUGUCCGGCAGUCCAGCCCGGCAACACUUCUGCUUAGCUGCUAGCAAGCAAAUGGUUGGGCUUUUCUUGUGUGUGUGGGUUCGAACCGAUCUUUACAAGCAUAUUAGCAAUCUGAAAGUCUCAUGUGUUGGCUGUGGUAUCAUGGGGUAUCUUGGAAACAAGGGUUCAGUAUCCAUUAGCAUGACAUUGCACCAAAAAACGUUCUGCUUUGUUUGUACGCACUUGACGUCCGGGGAGAAAGAAGGGGAUGAGAUCCGAAGAAAUUCCGAUGUAGCAGAAAUAUUAAAGAGGACAAAGUUUUCUCGUUCAUUUAGAGAUCUCAGGCAGCCAUUUCAUCCAGAGAACAUUUUAGACCAUAAUAAGGUUAUUUGGUUAGGGGAUUUGAACUACCGGCUUGCUCCGGGUUGUGUCGAUACGCAUGAAUUACUGAAGAAGAAGAACUGGCAGGCGCUUCUAGAGAAGGAUCAGCUAAGGAUCGAACGAAGGGCGGGACGGGUGUUUUCUGGAUGGGAAGAAGGCAGGAUAUGCUUUGCUCCAACUUACAAAUAUCUCGCCGACUCAGAUGAUUAUGUUGUCCAAACAUCUAACUCGAAAGAAAAACGACGAAUCCCCGCCUGGUGCGAUAGGAUCCUAUGGAAAGGUGAAGGACUUAAGCAAGUAUGGUACUCAAGGGGAGAGUGUAGAUUCUCGGAUCAUAGACCCGUUUAUUCCCUCUUUUCAGUCCAUAUCAAUUUAGCCAACAAGUUAAUACCCACUGCUAUAUCAUGCCCGCCAAGGUUUUCAUCCAAAUCUGCCUUGUCCUCAGCUUGUGGGGCAAAGGUCCAAGCUGAGGAACUGUUGGUAAUUCCUGGCCACAAAGCUGCAUAAUUUGACACCCGUCCAAAAUAUUACCUUCCAAUAGUGAAGUUAAGGAUGUAAUUGUGGAACAAACCCUAAACCUUAAAUCUUAAUCCUUUGACACCGACAAUUUUAAAGGGUUGAGAGUGAUGAUUUUGAGGAUGGAUAGCAUUUCUUGGUUCAUGAACUGGAAGAUGAAGAAGAAGGAAUAGGCAUAAAAUUGGAUGUGGGGUUUGAUGAUCAUUCCUGAUUUUUUUGACGAAGCAAUGAAUGAUCUCAAGGGAUUUUGUAAAUGUGUUUAGAAUUAGAAGCAGCGAUACUUGUUUAUAGUCUGGAAAGCUAAAUGAAGUUCUUGUUUCACUGGAAGAGAGUGCAUUCUCAGCUUUUUCUUGUAGAGAAGUAUUUCAUUUGUAAUUCCUUUUUUUGGAGAUUUGAUACCCAAAAGAAAAUUUUGAUCAAAAUGAAAAAUGUAAAUGGAAAGAAAAGUGGGUUUCCAGAUAAAAGAACUUUUAAUUGAUAUUGUUAUUUGAUUGUUUUAA